UAAAUUUUAAAAGCGAAAGGUUUUUCCUCUAUAGUUGGAACUAACGACGUAGCAGUAGGUGAAUGAUGGAAAGCGCUAAGGUGAGGUCGAUUUCGAAGGAAAUAAAUGUAGAAUAUUUGCGUUCUCAAAUUGAAACAUGGCAACGUUUUCUUGAGCGAUUUCGUCGAUGUGAAUGCUUAGAGUUUGGUGGACAAGGAUGCAACUGCGUGAAUGAAGAUGACGAGGAAGUCUUUAACAGAUGUGAAGGAUUCUAUCAAGAUAGCAGUUCUCAAACUGACUUGAUGCAUGGUGAGUGUUUUUUCUAAUUAAAGUAAUGUAAAAAGUAUAAAGUCUGCGUCGUCCUUUAGAAAUUCCUCUAGGCUUCUCCUUUCGUCAGCAAAGGGUGCAAAAAUCGAAUGAGGGAUCAAUCGGUACUAUUCCAUCAUAUUCCGUCGUAAGUUUGACAAGUCUGACUGAAGAAGCUCCAUGUUACGUGACUGAAGUAAUAACUAACAUUAAAGAUCGAAGAACGACACAAUGUUAAAGUUAAAUUAUUUGUCAUCUUUUAUCAGCUCCGCCUUCGAAUCCUCCAAGGGUUGUCUUUCAACGAUCAGAUUCGUUUGCAUGUCGAGAUCCCAUGGAUGUAUCUCAAAUACUUGAUUUAAGUCCAAGAAACUUUAUCUUCGCAAGAGAUAAUCCUCAAAAUUAUCGAGAAAUACGGAAUCCAUACGUACUGGUGAUAAACAUUGUAAACUUUAUCAAGGACCCACGACCAAGGAAUGGGGCUAAACACGAUCAAGAUAACGUGGAGAGGUUUGUAAGAGAAGCUGGUUUCAGCAGUGUUCUGUGGUAUUUUGACCUGGAAAAACAAGAUAUGCUGAAACUUCUUGAAGAAACCCGAAAAAAUGCAGAUUUGGGUAAGUAGCUCUAUAUGCAGUCUCUAUUUUUGUUACAUCCAUGAGGUUCGUGCACUUUAAGUUUCGAUUAGACCGGAAGUUAGCUGCUGCAGCAAAGUAACAUACUCCUAAAGUGUCAUGGUUUUAAAAAACCAUUUCCUAUUGCCAUAUCUAUUUGCAACGUUUCCGACUUCUACUCCUAAAUUCUAUGGCGUCCAGAAGAGGUUUAUUUCAAAGUUUGAUUUGUCUUAAAUGAGUAUGUAGAUCUCAGAACUUUUUCCUCGUUCAUUGAUAAAAGCACUCACAGGAAGGUGUGGUAUUAAAACCAAAGGGAAAUUCUGAGCUGCCAAAAUAACUUUUUGCCUAAAUUAUAUUGCAGUGAAGCUCCCUCUACCUCUGUUCAGUACUUUGAAUUGCAACUGAUACAAUGUUGAUUUCUUUCGUUAUUCUGUUACAGUUGAAAAUGACAGUUUUAUCUGCAUUAUUAUGAGCCAUGGCAACAAAGAAGGUAUUUUAUGCAGAGAUCAUGAAACUAUUUCAGUGGAGAACAUAAUGGAGAAAUUCCAGGGAAACAAUGAUGCUUGUCCCCAGCUUGCAACAAAACCAAAAUUGUUCUUUGUUCAAGCAUGCAGAGGAGAAAUUGAUGACAAAGGGUACUUUGUACCAAGAGGGCCAAAAGAUGUUUAUCCUGAUACAUCUGACAACAAUGAGAUGCCUGUAAAACUUCCCUCCGAUGCAGAUUUUUUGAUCGCCUACUCUACCACCAAAGGCACAAUCUCUCACAGACGCUUCACAGUUGACAGAAGAUAUGCUGAAACACAUAAGGAAAGUCUGGGUUCCUGGUUCAUCUCUUGCUUGGUACAGGUUCUAUGUGAGAACUCUCACAAGGAGGACCUAAUGACCAUGCUCACAAGAGUGAACAGAGCCAUGUGUGAAUUUUACACUGAAGGUGGAAGCAAGCAGAUUUCAUGCCAACUUUCUAUGCUCACAAGGAAAGUCUACUUUUCUAACUUCCUUGAUAAGAAAAAGUGUGUAGGCAGCAACACAAAUUAGGCAAAUCUUGAUGACCAAACUGUGUUAAUGGUGGCAGGGAUUAGGGUGGAGCCAGGAAGUGGAAAGGGGUACCACCCUUUUUAUUAAUUUGUGGUGAGCCCUUCAACUCCCAAUGUACAGAAAUUUGUAGAAACAAAUAACAUCCUCAGCUGACGGGUUUGUUGUUGCUUCUUUUACUUUUCUUGGAUGGACUGUUGUUAUGAACAAAUUGUACAGCUUUCUGAAAGUGAACAAAAAGAGUUCAAAUAAGUACUAUCAACCUUCAUCAGUGUUUUGGACCUUGCCCACAAUUUUUAGCUUGCCUAUUAUCUCAGUACCAGAACUGUGCCAGGUUACAAAAAAGUUCUAUGAGCUAAAGAUAAGUAAGCAUAACAUGCUACAUAAGUAUAUCUCUGUAAAACUCACUUAUGAAGAGCCAAGGCUCAGAAACACCCUGAAAUAUUUUGGAAAUUGUUAAAAUGGGGCCAAUUGCAUACAACAGCAGCGGUAAAGCACAUAAAUGCUUAUGAUAUUCAUGCUAGUUUUCAGUGAAAAUGAUAGCACAGGGAAGAACAGUCCUUUACAGUAAAGAUGCUGUUACUAACUUUAGAUAGUAUGUGACUAGAUUAAUAAAAUGUGUCAUGUCACAGAAUCAUUUGAUUUUGUCUAAAUUAAAAUCUAUGAAGAAUGC